AUGUCCGUUGUAGAUGGCUUGCCGUUUGCUGAGGAAAAGAAGGACUACAUCCUCAAGACCUUGGAUCCAAUCCUUGAAGAAAUGGUAAGUGAUGUGUUGGCCGAUAUGCCGAAGGUGCCCAUGGACUUCAUGAUCCAGUGGCUCAUCAAACGUACUGGUCGUGCUGCUGAUGCGACAGAGAAGAUAUCCGUGUCGCAGAGAAACCAGAACUUGAAGCAGGAGCUCCGCUACUUGCAGGGGUCUUUGGAAGAAGCUAGCACAGCCGCAGCCGCACCAGCAGAAGAGGAGGAAGAAGAGGAGGAUGAAGAUGAUGACUGUGAUGAAAUCCCAGAGGCUUUCCGAAAGUCAGAGGAGAGCAUGGGCAAGACCCGUACCUCUGUCAGCGCCGAGGCCUACGGAGCCUGGAACCAGAAAAAGGACUUUACACCACCAGAUCAUCCGAAGACAGACGAGCAGAAGCAGCGCUUGAAGCAGACGCUCUCCAAGAGCUUCAUGUUCUCUAGCUUGGAGGACAAGGACAUGACCACCAUACUGGGUGCCAUGAAGGAGUGCAAGUUCGAAGCUGGGCAGAAAGUCAUCAAUGAGGGGGACAAUGGUGACUUCCUGUUUGUCAUUGAGAAGGGCCAGCUUGAGUGCUUAAAGACAUCCAAUGGAGAGGAGAAGGUGGUUAAGACUGUGAAUGAGGGAGACGUCUUCGGUGAGCUUGCCCUGCUUUAUAACUGUCCUCGUGCCGCCUCCGUGGUUGCGAAGGUGGAGUGCAUUUGUUGGGAGCUUGACCGCGAGUCCUUCAACUACAUCGUCAAGGAUGCUGCCGUAGCCCGCCGCAACAAGUACGAUGAGUUCCUCCAGUCAGUCACUCUCCUCGCCUCGCUUGAAGCUUAUGAGCGCUCGCAGAUUGCCGACGCGCUGAAGCCGGAGAAGUUCAACAAGGGUGAUUGUAUCGUCAAGCAGGAUGAUCCGGGAGACAAGUUCUACAUUGUUGAGGAAGGCACGCUCUAUGCCUUGAAGGUUAUCGACGGCACUGAGACGCGCGUUAUGGACUACAAGGUCGGCGAUUACUUCGGCGAGCUUGCGCUUCUCAAGAACCAGCCACGCGCGGCCAGCAUCAUUGUGGAGAGUGAAUCUGCCAAGGUUCUCUCGAUGUCCAGGCUGUCGUUCAACAAGAUGCUGGGCCCUUUGGCGGACCUCCUGUCCUCGAAGGUGAAAUCCUACAAGUGA